CGUCAAAUGCUGUCACAAUCCAAAGACGACCCUGCCGGACGGACUUGUAGCCAGACUUGUAGCCAAGAUGAUUGGGUUGGGACAUGAGGCGAUGGAUGAUUCGGCCUCAUCCACCGUGAGCGCUGAGCAUGGAGCGCGCUGCCACCUAUUUCCGUGCAGGACUCGAUCCCGAACAAAACGUUACGCCUCGUUUGCGUUCUCAACUGCGUCUCCCCAUCAAACCGACUUUCCCCUUCCGCAAUGCGUCCUCUGAAUCCCCUUCGCCAGUUUCAGCUCCGACCGCCCACGACAAAAAUCACCCGACCUCGCCUCCCAAGCCUCCCUCGGCACACCCUCCCACACCACCGCCCCCAAUCAACCUCCUCAACCAUCCCCGCCCUAAUCUCAUCCUACCCCCACCUCCCCAGCACCUCCCCCCCGCGCCUCGCCCCACCCACCCUUCUCUCCCGCCUCACAACCCCGUACUUCCGCACGCUCGCACUCGCCCGGCUCCGCAAACUCCUCCCGCAAUACACCGCCCCCGGCGCCCUCGAAACGGAUAUCGCGGAAUCAAUUACCAAGUUUUACGCCAACCUGGGGGAUGCGGAUGUCGCGGGUGACGAGGAGGGGUUGAGGCGGGUGAUGACGCGCACACUGGCGGGGCAGUAUGCGGGUGCAUUCCGCAGUUUACGAUCCCACGGUCUACAUGUAGCAUACACGCUCCCCGGCCCAACAAAACACCUGAACGUGGAGGUCACAUCCGUGCACUUCACCUACGGGCCGUACCCCCCGCCCUCGACACACACGACGCAGGAUUGGUCGCGCGUGCUGCGGGUCGUUGUACCGCAUGCGGAUGGGGUGUUUACGACACAUGCGAGGCAGAAGAUGGUUUUGGAGGCUGCGAUGCGCGCGGGGGUGUACAUCCACGUUGACGUCGGGGUUACUGAUCCUGUUGUCUUUGUUGUUGUUGAUGGGGCCGGGAGGGAGGUGUUGAGGGAUGCGAGACAGGGGGUGGGGGUCAGGGUUGUGAGUCCGUGGUUGAGGGGUGGGGAGGAGAAGGAAGGGGGGUGGAGGUGGAGGGUGGCGGAUGUGGAUGGGUUGGUGGAGACGGUUGUGAAGACGGGGGAUGUGGGGGAGACGGUUGAUGGGAAAUUUUGGGAGGGGAGGGAGGUCUGAAGGGGAGAAUUUGGGCGCAUGAGAGAUGUGCAGGGGGGUGGUGAUAGAGUAGGUAGGUAGAUAGAGCGGGCAGCUCUAGAAGCAAGACCGGCGUAUAAAUCAGACAGCAAACCCUCCCGUUUCUCUGAGACUCCCCAAUGAUGAUCGCAUUCGGAAUACCGGACCUACGCCACAAUGGUACUUUAUGCUCUUAAAUAAUGAUGAUGAUAGGAUUAUGCAAGCGUGGGUGUGUCUAGAAUUGGAAACUAAUCCUGACGCUACGCUGCUUUACACCUCCUUCAGUGCCCACCCCCUGCCCCCCCUCUACCCAACCCUUACUCAAAAACCCCCUCAG